AAAAAGGACGGAAGAAAAAAAGGAAAAGGAAAGGAAAGGUUUGGGCUGGGCUGGGUUUAUAUGGGCCCGGGCCCAAAGCAGAAAACGCCAUGUUUAACGAGAAUUUGGAUGGAACUGGAACUGGAAGCAAAAACCCUAAACCCUUCGCGCACUGCGAUUUCAGCGGAUCUUCUCUGUUGUUGAGUAUUCCCGGGAAUUGGAAGGAAGAUGAAUCACAUAGCGGCUAUGGAAGAGCAAGUGGUUUCUGAGAGAAUGAGGCAGAAGCUAAACGAAGUGAACAUGGCAGCGCAGUCUCAUCUUGGUCCCGUCCAAGACCAUGUUAAUUUUACUCUUCAGCAAGCGUAUUUCAAAUGUGCCUAUGAGUGCUUCGACAGGAGAAGAAGGCAGGAAGAGAUUAGCAACUGCGUUGAGAAUUGUAGCGUUCCAGUUAUCAAAGCUCAGCAACAUGUUGAGAAUGAGAUGGCUAAGUUUCAAGAAAGAUUGAACAGGUCACUAAUGGUGUGCCAAGACAAGUUUGAAGCAGCUAGGCUUCAGCAGAAAACUGGCAGCGUUUAUGAUUUGGAAUCAUGCGUGGAUGGGUCAAUCCAAGAAAGCUUGAAUACGCUGCCACAUCUAGCUGAUAAGUUAAGGGCUUCAUUCAAUAUCAGGGAUUAAGUGGAAACAGAGGUGGCUUCAUGUUGCUCGUUCUAAUAUGCAGUUCCCUCUUUUCUUCAUACUGAUUAAUGAUUAUGCCAAUUGCAACCGCAGCAUCAUUUUUCUUUCUCUCUCGAUAAUGUACUUUUCAGGGAAUGUGGGCUUCUGGCUGAAGUUCAUCCCUGAAACUUGAAUGAUAGAAUAUUCUGACCCAUUUAUUUUAUUGAUGAGGUGAUGCGAUUGAAUAGCAAUGAGAAUGAUUUCUGAA